AAUUAACUAUAUAUGCCAAUUAGUUUUCUCCAUUUCAAAUAUAAUUGCAUCAGCACUAACACCCUUUUUUAUUUAAACAAAAAAUUUCUUCUCGGCUUUGAUUAUUGAGUGGUUACACUUCUAACUAAUUUUUUAUAUAGUAUAAAUGCAUGCCAAACCUUUUUCCAGUAAAUGCGUUGGGAGAGAAGCCAGAACCUGAAACUCCCUCUGGUGUCCGUGUCAUGUAUUUUCCUAAUUUGUCUCACACAAUACUCAUCUUAGUCAUGUUUUGUUAUGCCAUCAUCAAGUCGAGAAGAGCAAACAAGUAUGAUUGAGAAGGUUAAAGAUAAAUAAAUAAAAAUUAGGUCGACUUUGUACACUAUAUAAAUCAGUUAACGUUCACAUUCCUCCAUAAGCUGGGCCCUGGGGCAGGUUCAAUCCUUAUCAGCAUUAAGGUCAUUUACAGAUACUCAUAUAGGAACUUGAGUCCUGAUGUCCAAUACUCUAGUCAUUUCGUUGGAUAGGAUUGAAAUGCACACAAUGUUAUCAAAAAACCUUAGAUAUAAACAAUACAGUUCCUUUUGGUACACCCUUGGGAGAGUCUUCUUCUGCAUCCCAUAGCCAAGGUAUAAACUUUUUCUCUUCAUAUGGAGUGUUUUUUUGGCAUGGAUUUAUAUGUGUGUGGUUUGUUGAAGGAAAAUCUACAAAAACGGUUGACCGAUGAUAAAGGCCGAGAUCAGUUUCUUAUUCUUGCUGGAUUUGAUUUAGAGAUUUCUUGGAAUGAUCCAAUACAGCUGAGGCCUGAGGUUGUUCACCAUCUUCAUGAAAGGAUUGAAGGUUAUGCACGGACACGGUGGUCACCACUUGGAACAUACUUAGCCGCAGUAAAUAAGCAGGGCGUUACUUUAUGGGGAGGUGCAACUACCUUCGAAUGUCUUGCUCAUUGUGCUCAUCCUGAGGUUCUUCCAUUUUUGGUUCUUUUGUUUUCUUCUUCUUUACUCAUAUAGAAAAUUUUUCAUUCCUUUUACCCACAGUUUUUCCGUGAUGGGUUAAUUUUAGGUUAAGCUCAUAGCUUUCUCUGCAGCAGAGAAAUAUUUGGUUACAUACAGUUGUCAUGAACCUGUAACUCCUCUAGAUGAAUAUGUGAGAUCCUUGCUCUAAGAUUUACUCUUCGAUCGAUUAUGUUGAUCAAGUGAAGUAGCCAUCAUACAUUUCAGUCUUGAAUUUUCAUUCUACAGAGUGUUUUGUUGAAUGUUUUUAACGUGAGAACUGGAAAACUAAAGAAAAGCUUCAAAGGAAGUGCAAAGGACUUUGGAAUUUGUGGAGAUGGAGGACAUAUCUAGUGUACCAUGGCCUCUUAUUAGGUUUUACUUUUAUUACUUUGCUGU